UUAACAGUUCCUUUCAAUGGCUAAGGGGUACAUUUUCUUGUUUGCUGCUUUCCUGGUUUCGGGCUUUCCGAUAAUGCUUACGCAGCAGAAGGAAAUUUUAAUGGAAGAAGAAAUACCCAUUUUGGAGGCUGACAAACAGGUGGAGUAUAUUAAUAACGAUCGUAUGGGUGAACCGGGCGUUCCUUGCGAAGUGGAGUAUCAGGUGAUGAAGAAAGAAAUUGGAACUUGCAUGAGAUUAGGAAGAACGACACGUGGAUGUGUUGCAGGACAUUAUUUAGAUUUGCUUCAUCCUGAAUGUAUGUAGUUACAAACGCAAAUUGAUGUUACGAUUGUACAGAAAAGUGCUUUUUUAAACUUCAUAGAAAAAUUUUGGGUUAGUCUUUUUGUUUAUUUUGCUUUUGACAAUAAAAUGAGAUUUGAUGAAUAUUGUAAUUUUCUGAAGAAAUAUAUUUUGCUUAACAUUGAAACUAUAAAUUCCUUUAUUUUAUUAAAGGAACUAUCAUGAAUGUCAAGAAAAAAU